CGUGUCGUCGGGCUCACCACGUCGGAGGAUACACAGCAUGAGGGACAGAGUGGGGGCUCCGGGCACCUGCCUCGGGAAGGUGCAGGGGGCCAGCGAGGACUCAGACAGGCUUCUGUAUGGACUUGAAAGAGCACAGUGGGAGAGGCCUUGCGCGACAGAUACGCCUUCCUCCUCCUGGACGCGCACACCUGCGGCCAAUGUGGCUGGAAAUUCACGAAAGGAGGAGUUAUCAAUGGAAAUGAAAAAUGCUCUGAGUGAGGCCAGCCUCUUGCUUCACAGCAGCAACAAUGCGCUUCCACGUUGGAAAGAAUCAUUACGAAGAAAUUCAGCUCCCGUAGUGGGUCAGAGCAAGACUGUGCAUGUGUUCCGUGCGCCCACAGAAGAGCAUUUUGCUGGGGUGUCCUGCGGAGUGGGGGAAGCUCUGGUGAGGGACUGGCUGGGAGGAGGGCCUAGGGCCACCGACAGCUGGAGAGGAUGGUGCCACACAGGAGAGCCUUGGGUGUCUGAACUACCGUGCCCUCAGAAACGGUCAGAAAUGGGGGUUUCUGAGGAGGAACCGCCAAAUGCUCUUCUAAAGGGGCUGGGCUUUGAGUUGGAACUGUGUGGCCUGCAUUUCGUCCUGUCUGCACUGCUGCACGCACGCCCUGAAGUUUUCCUGGAUGAUGAGACAAAGUGUGUUUUCCUUGGCCCCUCAGAGCCCCUGUUUUCAGAGCAAAUGGUAGAAUACAAGAAAAUGCUUUCAAGUGUAAAAAGCACCUCAAACGAUCUGCAGAUAAUACUGGGGUUACUGGCUCUACCAGCUUUUGAAGUAGCAAAUCCGUUGUGCCGUAGUUAAGGUACAAGCAGAACAAUAAAGAUAGAUUAAUUUUAAAAGUUGUCUUAUAAUGAUUUCUUUCAUGCUGAGUCUGGAUACGAACAGAAGUUCCUGCUUCAGUUUGUAUGAUCAGACAAACUUUAAGUGGAAUUUAAACUCAUGGGAAGUUGGUUUAUGUGACAGGAGAUUUUUAAACAUGUUUUAACUUGUGCUUGAAAGACAUUCAGUAUUGGGAUACCGUUUCGAGGAGAACAUUCAUAGACCCUGUAAAUGUCAGGUUCAGCGUAAAGAUUUAACAACAUUCUUUAUAUGUCUUCAACGCUCAUUCUAAAGGGCUCCCGUCCCCGAUACUGUCUCCUCAGACUGAUCAUCGGGUAGGAGUGGCCAUUUGUUCAAGUCAGCCCUUCCCUACUUGCUCUCGGCCCUGCCACCAUUUCUGCAUUCUGUAGAAUAAUUUCGGUCUGCAGCAAAUUUGAUUUCUUUUCUCACAUCCCUUUCCUUCCCCUUGAAAUGUGAUUUAAAUGGAGGCCCUAUGGUGAAAGUUGCAAUAUUCAGUGUCCUUUUAGUAUAAUCCUUUCUCAAGCUAGGAGCCCUAGCUGUGUCGCCUGAAAUAGAAACGACCUUGAGACCACCUGCAGUAGCUCAGUCAGGGGGAGACAGACCUCGUAUUGCCCCCGUAGAAAGUUUCCGGUUUCCAGGAGUGGAGGUAUCUCUCAAGCUAACAUUUUUGCUGAGGUAACCCCUCUGGUGGUUGAGAACUCCGGUAAAGGUCCCUUCAGAGCAUGAGUCUUUCAGGAGUCCCAAAGUAAGACUUAACCAUUUUUGGGGUGACUGGUUGCCUCUCUCCGUUUGUGUGCUGACUUGCCAUGUGCUAUUUUAGUGUUUGGGGAAAACGAAAAAUAAAACGUGUUGUUAAGCAUAAUAAA